AUGUCGCUCUUCCGUGUGCCUGCCGGAUUCCCGCGCUGCUUGAAAUUUAGUAUUCAAAAUGCCAUAGCCACCAAACGCACCGUGGCAACAGCCGCCAAGAAGGAAUGGCUCUGCAUCCUCCCCGACAAAGCCAACGUCUUAGACAUACGGAAGAAGGUUAGACAAGGCCAUUAUGACGGGAUCCCGGCCCUGGUCCAGUCAGGGAGAAUGUUGGCAGGCGGUGCCAUGCUAGACUCGCAUCCCGAACAGGCGAAAGAGGUGCCCUUUCGCGGAAGUAUGAUCAUAUACACUGGUGAAACGUUAGAAGAAAUCCGUGGGCUUAUCAAAGAGGAUGUCUACGCGAAGAGCGGGGUUUGGGAUAUAGACAAUGCGCAGAUAAUCCCGUAUGUUUCGGCAGUGCGCGAGCCAUUGGUGAAGGGUUAG